AUGAACGGAAGCAUCGACAUACCGGAAGAGGAUGCGCGGCCAUUGUGGGAGAGGUUAGGUUGCGGACAUAUUGCGCGUUUCUGUCGGCGCAGGAGACGAAAGGUUGAUCCUGACUGCAAUAACGGACGAAACAGACGUGACGCUCGUCGGCGAAUCAACCGUCCACCAUCAGCUCAGUACAGUGCGUUCGGCGAACUAGUGCGAACGAAAACGCCAGCUGGACUCCAAUGUGCUUUAUUCUGCGGUGGCUCGCGCUGCAAGUAUGAACAGCCCUUACAACGGUCGUCUGCUAUACAGGGACUGUAUUCAGAUUGGGUCACAGAAGACAUCUUGGCGAUGGCUCGCCCUAGUACAACCAGCAUAGCAGCCAGAAACAUCAUACAGCAAUUCCAUAGCUGGGGAAUUCGAACUGUAAUCAAUCUUCAGAUGCCUGGAGAACACGCGAGCUGUGGUCCUCCUCUCACCAAAUCUGGCUUCACUUACGAUCCUGAAAUAUUCAUGGCUAAUGAUAUAUACUACUACAACUUCUCGUGGCCCGACUAUGGAGAAGCCAGCCUUAGUGGUCUUCUAGACAUGGCCAAGCCAGUGAAAGCGAAAUGUCGAUGCACUGCGAGGCUAGAUGGAAAGGUUGCCCUGGUAACCGGUGGAAACUCAGGAAUAGGAUUAGAAAUAGCUAGGGACUUAGCUAAACGUGGUGCUAGAGUAAUCAUCGCAAGCAGAGAUACACAAAAGUCAGCUGAAGCUGUUACUGACAUUGUAAAUUCAACUGGUAACACAGCCGUCGAGUACAGACAUCUAGAUCUCGCGAAAUUCAAAAGCAUUCACAAAUUCGCUGAAGAAUUUAAUAAAGAAGAGGAGUUGCAUGUACUAGUGAACAACGCUGGUGUUAGUGGUUUGAACUAUCGCCUGACUGAAGAUGGAAUCGAUAUGUUAAUGCAAGUCAACUUUUUCGGUCCGGCGUUGUUGACCAACCUCCUCCUCGGUAAAUUAAAGGCAUCACAGCCAAGCCGAAUAGUAGUUCUCACGUCAUCAAUUCACCAUGAUGGAAGAAUUAAUUUAAAUAACUUGGAAUCGAGGGAUAUACAUUCGUAUUAUCAGCGCUAUUCUAACAGUAAGCUGUGCAAUGUUCUAUGGAUGAAGGCGCUAUCAAAGAGAUUACCAGAUGGAGUGACAAUAAAUUCCGUGCAUCCAGGUUUAGUGUAUACAGAUAUAUAUAAAUCCUUCAGUACAAUACAGAGGAUAGCGAUUCUGACUUCCAUCAGGCUCUUGUUCAAGACGUCGGAAGAAGGCGCUCAAACAUGCAUCCACUUAUGUGUGUCUCCAGAUUUAAUAGGGAAAACUGGUGGUUACUAUGUUGAGUGCAAGGAGAGGAAACCGUCUAGGGUUGCUAGGGAUGACAAUUAUGUUGAGAAGUUUUGGAACGCAACCAUGGAGGUUAUCAAACAAUGA